GCUCGGAGCUGGGGCGGGACUGGAGUGGAGCUGCCAUGGCACUGGAGAGGAGCUGGAUUCCCGCUCCUGGCUCUGUGCACUGGCCCUUUUGUGCCCCUAGUAAUUUAGUCUGGACGCCGGCCGGAUUAAUUUGCCUACUUUCUCAGUCUCCCUCAUCCACUGCAAGUUCUGUAUUAUCUGCUGAUGGAAAUUUUUAUUCAUUCUCAGCUCUCGGGUCUUGAAGAAGUCACGCACCCUGCUUGGCCUAACAGGCCUUGAAAAGUUCUGCCUGGCGGUGCUUGGUCACCUGAUCCUCUUUCCUCUCCUCCUCCUUCCCCCUGUGACAGCCGGGAGCUGUCACUGUGUAGCUACAAUUCUGAGACAUAAUUUUCUUAAAAAAAAUUAUUUGACCAGAUAAUACAUUCAUAGGGUUCACAAUUCAAGAGGCAGAAAAGAUAUCUUUGAAAAGCCUGGCAUCCUUGGCCCCAGCCACCAACUUCUCCACAGAGGCAACUAAUGUUGCUAUUUUGCAUAUCUUUUUAGACAUAUUCUAUACAUAUACAAGCAAAUGUGCUUAUCUAUUCCUUUUCUUUUUACACAAAUGUAGCAUGCUGUACAUACUUCAACAUCUUGAUUUUUUAAAAAUUUAAUAUAUAUUAGAGAUACUUUCCUAUCAUGUAGUCACUUCCUCUGCAUCUGCAUAGUAUCCUGUAUUAUGCGUAUACGGUAAUGUAUUUAAUUAUUACUGAUGGACAUGUAGAUUUUUCCAAUUUGUUGCUGUUAUAAAACAAUGAAUACCUUUUACCUCGUUGCACUCUGAGACCAAGAUGGGUCACCAGAAGCUGUACUGGAGCCACCCGCGAAAAUUCGGCCGGGGUUCUGGCUCUUGUCGCGUCUGUUCAAACCGGCACGGUCUGAUGCGGAAAUAUGGCCUCAAUAUGUGCCGCCAGUGUUUUUGUCAGUAUGCGAAGGAUAUUGGUUUCAUUAAGUUGGACUAAAUGACCUUCCUUCAAAGGAUUAUCCAAGGCAUCUACCCAAUGAAAAACCAUGAUAGUUCUUUGUACAUAAAAUAAACAUUUAAAAAAAUGAAUAAUCUUGUUUAUGUAACUUUUACCAAGUGCACAAGUAUAAAUUGUAGGAUAAAUUCUAGAAGUGGAGUUCUAAUUUUGUAAGUGCCAAACUACUCUCCAUGGAGAUUGAACCAGUUGACACUUUAACUUACAGUGCAUGAGAUAUGCACACCAUUUUUGGAUAUAACUUCUUCCCAGUAGUCCCGUUUGUAGUCUCAUCUUUAUGCUGUUUCUCCUUUUGUUCCUUAAGCUAUUUUUAAAUGUUCUUUUGGUAUUUCUUAUGUUUCUUCUUACUUUUCCCUUUCUUAACAACUUCAACUUUUCCUAGCACCCUUCUCCAUUUACACUCUCCCCCAAAAGAAAGCAUUUCCUUUCUACCUUCAUCUCAUUCUGCUGUUUCUUUUAAAAAUAUUUUAGGACACUGAAAAUGUCAGAGAUACUCAGUAUUUAUUGGAAAACUUAGACACAGAUUUAUCAUUUGAUCUGUGCACAGUGAUCUGUGUGUUUCUCUGGGUUUGUUAUUCUGUAAAAAUAUCAAUACAUUUAUUCCUUGGAUACAGUUAUGACUAACAUGUAUGUAGGAUCUUAUGCGUUUAUUCAUACA